AUGGGCACCCUCAUCAGAGAAAGUCAGGUCAACAAGUUCAAGUUAGUAUCCGACUGGUUACUAAAGAUUGAAAAGCCAUCCGAUGACUCAAUACAUAAGGAAAAGCGCCGCAAAACAAACUGUAAGGAACGAUAUUUCAACGCCGAAGAUCCUUGCCAUCGGAUCCCAACACCGUCAAAUUCAUCUCAUGAUAGUCAACUUGUGGCAAAUCCAACCCCCCAAAGUCUCCAAGACGCUUCAAAAUCUAUGCCACGGAAACGCACCCGAUCGAUCACUGAGAUGGUCGGUUCCGACGAAGAAGGAGACGCCAUAGACGAUACGCCCAAGGCGUCAUCGAGAGGCUGGAGAAAGAAAGCACUAGAUUUGUCCCGGGGCUCAACGCCAUCUCAUGCCUCUUCUUCCGCAGCCUCGGGUGCUUCAUCACCCAUGAAACAGCUUCGAUACGCAGCGACACAGGACGCUGGUUUUACAACCGUUCCAUUUGUAGACAAUGUUCAACGAUUACCGCCUUCGCUGCAAAAGAUACGUCAAGAGCUCGUGAAUAUUGGAUACGGUGCGGCCAUGCUACCUCAAAGUAUGCGGGAGGAGUUGCAGAGCUUGGGCGACUUCCCAGACUAUGCUUUUUACGAUCCAGCCCCGCAGCCGAGUCAAUGGCGCAUCCCUCCAAUCCCGCUUAUUCGCCGACUCGUGUCUCGUGCUGCUGAGUGCCAGAGGUACAACGAAGGGGAAUCAUCCUGGAAUAAUGAUAUCCAUGACAGUGUCCUCGAAUGGGUUUUUCGAGAAACAGAAGACGUUGCCAUGUUUGAUUAUAGGUACUGUACUGGUGCGCAGAUAAUUCAAGAGUACAGACCAAUCGGUACGUCAUCCAAGUCUGUCGACUUUUGUAUCUGUAUCAAACCUCCGGAAUCGAGUGUAGAAGGUCAAAAGAUUACAGAGGCCAUCGUGACACGGCCAGGUAUCUCCAUCAGCCAUACAGAAUGGGGGAACUUCUGCAGACAUCCGAUCGCCCUCUCGAUCGAGACUAAGCGUCAGGCCGAGUGGGAGAAGGCAUUGCUCCAGAUUGCAACCUGGCACUCGGCUCAGUGGCGAGCGCUCCAGUUUAGUACAAAGGUUGAGUCUAUUGAGUUCCUUGCUGGGGUUAUUGUGCAAGGUCACUCUUGGUACUUUGUAGCGUCAACACUCGAAGACGGAGUAUCGACGCUCUACCAUCGGAUCUCUCUAGGUAGUACUGAGAGUCACUUCGAUCUGUUCAAGCUCCUGAGAGCGCUACAAUGCUUGGCAUCGUGGAUCAAGGAUACAUACUGGCCUGCUUUUCGAGCGGAUAUCCUGAAGCUGCCGGCCACUGAACAAAAAGGACAAUGA